AUGCAAUUUGACGCAUUACCUGACAGUUGUCUCCUUGUCUGUGUGCAGCAGCAGCAGCCCCAGAAGCAGUCCCUGCUGAAGUCUUUGUGCCAGGACAGCCACUGGAAAUGUCUGCUGCUCUCCCUGCUUUUGUACGGCUGCGUGGGCGCCAUGGCCUGGUGCCGGGUGGCCACAGUGACGCGCCUCUCCUUCGACAGCGCCUACAAGGGCCGGUCCAUGAUGUACCACGACAGUCCCUGCUCCGACGGCUACAUCUACAUCCCCCUGGCCUUUCUGGUCAUGCUCUACGUGGUCUACCUGGUGGAGUGCUGGCACUGCCACACCAGGCACGAGCUGCAGUACAACGUGGACACCGACGACGUGGCCGAGCGCGUGCGGAGGAUGCAGCAGGCCACGCCGUGCAUCUGGUGGAAGGCCGUCAGCUACCACUACGUAAGGAGGACGCGGCAGGUGACGCGCUACCGCAACGGGGACGCGUACACCACCACGCAGGUCUACCACGAGAGAGUCAACACGCAUGUGGCCGAGGCCGAGUUCGACUACGGGAACUGCGGGGUGAAGGACAUCUCAAAGGGCCUGCAGGGCUUGGAGUGCUUCCCGGUCACCAAGUUGAGGUUCACCAAGUGCUUCAGCUUUGCCAACGUGGAGUCGGAAAACUCUUACUUGACCCAGCGGGCCAGGUUCUUCACAGAGAAUGAAGGCUUAGAUGACUACAUGGAGGCCCGUGAGGGGAUGCACCUGAAGAAUGUAGACUUUAAGGAGUACAUGAUUGCCUUCUCCGAUCCAAAUCACCUUCCGUGGUACGCAGCACAUUCCACCUUCUGGGCAGCAGCCGCCUUGACUCUCUCCUGGCCUUUACGGGUGCUGUCCGAGUACCGAACUGCGUGCGUCCAUUACCACGUGGAGAAGCUCUUUGGCUUCGACUACGUGCCGGUGACGCCUUCCGAGGAGCGUCCGUACUGCAGACACAUCCCGCGGGUCAACACCAUCGACAGCACGGAACUGGAGUGGCACAUCCGCUCCAACCAGCAGCUGGUGCCCAGCUACUCCGAGGCAGUCCUCAUGGACCUGGCCCAGCUUUCAGGCAGCUGCAAUAACUCCUCCGUUUGCCGGCGCUACAGGCAGAACUGCCAGCGUUGCCAGCGUGCCAUCAGCAGUUCCUCCAUUUUCUCCCGCAGCGCCCUGAGCAUCUGCAACACGGCCAGCCCCCGGCUCCCGUUCAGCGCCAGCCGCUUUUCGUUGGGCCGGCUCUACGGCUCCAGGCAGAGCUGCCCGUUGAGGAGCAGCGGUAGCUUAAACGACGUGCCCAGCCGGCCCACGGAGAGCACGCGCUGCCUGUCGGGCCAUCCGGACGGCGGGGAGGGCCCUCCGGCGUACCAGGACGCGCUCUACUUUCCCGUACUCAUCGUACAUAGCAACGAAGGCUGCCUCAACCACGACCAUCACUCUCUGCACAGAAACGGAUCCUGUGUAGAGACUUCUCUAUGACCCUGGACCUAAGACAGGGGCUUAAGAGGACUACGGUUGGCUAAUAAGCAGCUAUGAUGUGAUUGUUGCUUCGGGUACACACUGUGGCUUUCAAUACUUUUAAAGUUGAUUUAUCAAGACUGUGCUGCGUGGACAAGAUUCAAAUAACUAUGAAUCCACAGGAUGGUACUAAUAGUCCACGUUUUGGAAAUGUCUUGUGGUCUAAAACACAAAGACAGGGGCACUUGGAGUAUAAUCUGCUAUUUCCCUCUUUAUUUAUUUAUUAGCCUUUAUUUAACCAGGUAAAAUCCCAUUGAGAUCAAAGAUCUCUUUUCCAAGGGAGACCUGGCCAAGAGGGCAGCAGCAAGGUUACAUUAAAAACAGUAAACAAAUACAUAAAACAUCACAUUUACGACAUUAAAACUUGCUCACAUAACACAUGUGCAUACAGACAAGGUAGACUGCAGUCCUUUCACAGAAGCUUUAAACUCAUUCAACGUAACAAGGGUUUGAAGUUUAAUAUUCGAUUGUAGGUUAUUCCAAGCCUUCGCUGCUGAAAACCUAAAUGCUUUCUUGCCCAGUUCAGUUCUUACUUUGGGGACGACAAAUUGCAGAACAUUCAUUGAACGAAGAUUGUGACUUCCUUGUUUCUUUGUUAAAAGACAAGACAGAUAAGAUGGAGUGAUACCCAGAAUGGUUUUGUAGAUGAAAACAUACCAAUGAUUGAGGCGUCGAGCACAUAAAGAUGUCCAGUUAACCAUUGAGUAUAAUACGCAAUGAUGAGUAAGGGGAGCCGUUGUAAAAUAUUUUGAAAUGUACAAGCGAUUUUUUACAGUGUCAUUUUUAACAGAAAUACAAGUGUGACGAUAAGUCAACCGGUUAUGAUGAA